AUGCCGCCGCACAGUAGAGGCGGCAAAGGCAAAAGACGGGAUACGUCUCCCGUCGCGCAACCAGAUAACGGACCACCAACUCUGCACCCGUACCUCGACACUCUACCAUCACCAACAGAACUCAUUCCAGAUCAACCAACACCAAAGGUAUUCGAGCCUACCGAUCCAGUACCAUCCACGUCUCCAACGAUCGACAAUGACUACGAAGAUGGCGACUCCUCAUCCAUCGGCGAAGAUGAAGAAGAAUUCGCCUCGCACUACUCCCGCAACUCCCCUGCCUCCACAGACGUCUCUGAUGACGCCGAGGACGACGAAGAUGACACGACCACCUACUCAACCAACAACUUCGCCCUAUCCCCAAACACCCGCCAUGAACGCCUCCAGCGCGUCUCCUCGGUCCCGAUGAACGCUCCUCAACGACCACCACUACCCACACUCCACUCAUCCGCUUCACUGCGGCUCCCUCCUCCGCCACCACCGCCAUUGUACCCGCCGUUCUACAAUCGACCGCCGACACCACUACCGCCAUCGCCAUCACUCACAUCCCUUCUACGACCACCUUCGAUUCUGAACAGGAGCACAACAUCCACCCGGCCCCCAUCCCCGUCCAGCGCCUCCGAUGUCGAAACUCCAGGUGGCGAGCUCUCCACCGCCUCGCAAAUUCACCACUCCGCCCGGCGCGCGAACCCACUCCCGCCGACCUCCCCCAAAGUCCCCACUUAUGAGUACUACGGCUUUGUGCUAUACUUGGCCUCCACUUUGUCCUUCAUCAUAUACCUACUGUGGAGCUACCUCCCCUCCCCCUUCCUCCACGCACUGGGCAUCACAUACUACCCGAACCGGUGGUGGAGUCUAGCGAUUCCAAGCUGGAUCGUGAUGGGCCUCGUAUGGAUCUACGUCGCACUAUCGAGCUACAACGUCGAGUAUAUGACCUUGAGCAUGGACCGAGUGGAGUGCAUGGUCGACGAUGCCGCGAACGUCGCCAUACUCGACCAAAAAGGCAGGCUACGGAAGGGCGGUAGCAGGGCUUAUCAAAGGGAGGUUGAGGAGAGAAGGCGGAUCGAAGACGCGCGGCGAUCAUCUAUCGUCAAGGGGAAGCGGAAAGCGAGUGGCUAUGCCAGCGGCAGCCAAGGGAGGUCCACCGCCAUGAACAGCAGUGGUGGCGGUGGCAAGAAGCAGAAGCAGAAGCAAAAGCAAAAAGCUGAAGAUCGAGAGCGUCGCCGGAAAGUCUCGGCUUCGUCGAACAACUCAACCAGAGCACCGUCCCUCCAGCGGAACAGUGCCAUUGACCAGGGAUCGGAGACUGACGAAUACGACUACCUCUCCACCCUCCCCACAUCAUACCCAGCAGAUGGAAUCGAUCUAAGCUACAAACAGAUCUGGAACCAAGGCACGGAUGCUGUGAUGGAUGUUCCGCUUGGUGGGGUUUGUUUGGUGCUUUAUGGCGAGGACUGA